CAAAUCCUCCCCAUCGAGCUGUUUGCCGGUAGAGUAGUUACGGGGUUAGUAGCAUAUCGUUUGGUGUCGGAAAACUUUUUGAGAGGAGGAAAUUUUUUUCCCCAUCUUCUACUCGCUUUAUCCUGACACAGAUUCAUCAUGCCAGCUGGAAAACACGUGGAUUUGGAUUAGAUAUUUUUGAGAUACCAACAUCAGAAGUUGUCACAAAUUUUAUUUUCUAAAUAUAGUUGACUGAAAAAGUAUAAUAAUUCUUUAAUAUAACGUUAAACUAUGCAAACGAUUUAUAUAAUUUGUGUUUUAUAAUUAUUAUUCUAAAAAAAAUAUCGUCUGCGUUAUUUGACACCAAGCUAGGACUUUAUUUAAGUUUGGAGAAAUUUCAUAAGUACAAUGAUGUCAAAAAGUGAUUAUCAUUUUUGCCAGAGGUAAGGAACAUUUUUAGCCUGUUGCUUUUUAAAUACUGAAUAUUAAAUGCUUCCUUUUUACUCGAUAAAACAAUGCAAAUAAUUUAUUAAUCUUUUGGCCGAAGACUGUGGAACAAAGCAAUUAUGACUUCAUAAUAUAUGUGUGAAACAUUGAAUUGCGUCAUUAUAAAUAAUUGUAGCUUUAUGAAUAAGCUUUUAUAAAAUUUAAAAAAAAACUACUGAAGUGUUUUAAAAGUAAAAUUUUAUUAUUCAAUCUGAAAAUAUUAUUCGAAGAAAAAAGAUGUAUUUUAAGAAAUAUGUAUUUCAGCAUAUCCGUAUAAAAUAAUUGCUGUUUUUUCCACAUGGUGUUAUAUUUUGAAGAGCAUAGACUACAAUAUAUACAUUGAAUUAAAACUGCGUAUGAAUCAAUUCUGGUCUCCUCCUUCUAGUUUUAUAUGUUGAUGCAUUUAGACUUCAAUAUAUAUUCUUAAAGCAUUGAAUUAAAACUGAGUACAGAAUAUUUCAGGUGAAUGCAUGAAGAAUGUAGACUUCCGUAUGUUAACCGAACCAAGCUCCAGAAACAUUGAAUUAAAACUGCGUGUAAAAUUCUGGUCUCCAACUUGUGUUUUUUGUGUGGUGAAAAAUAUAGACAUCUGUAUAUAAACAGGAGGAAAUUACAGAAACAUUGAAUUAAAACUUAUUAUGGAGUAAUUCUUGUUUUCAGCUUAUGGUGUUCAUGUGUUGGAGAAUAUAGACUUCAGUAUAUAUACAUAAAACAUUGAAUCAAAAUUGCGUAUGGAAUAAUUCUGGACGAAUUUCCUCAUACAAACCAAUGGAUUAGAGCAAAUAUACCUGCUGUAAAUAUGCGAUGUACCAGUUUCUUUAUUUUUGCGAUGAAGUGAUAAAUAGUAAGUAAUGUGACUUUAGUUUUGAUUUUGAUUUUAUUCCAAAGCCACUUAAACCAAUCUUAGAAUGGCGGAGCCUAGAAAUGUAUCAAAACUAGUGAAAUGCGGACAUUAUUGUCGAGUUUUCAUGACUCAUUUGUUUUCGCAUGUUGGGCUAUGUGGCUUAGUGGUUGGCUAUGCUAUAGUCGGAGCCCUCACAUUCGAGUAUCUUGAAGCCCCAAAUGAAAUCAAUCAAAGAUCUACAAUACAAGGGUAUCGGGACAAAUGUUUGAAAGACAUGUGGAAUGUUACCGAAACUCUUAAUGUCCUGUAUGAGAAGAAUUGGACAAUCUUAAUGGAAAAAAGACUUAAACAGUUUGAAAAUGAUGUUGUUCAUGCUGUUAAAAAUGAAGGAUAUGAUGGAAAAGACAGUUCGGACACCGAACUGCAGUGGUCUUUUUCUGGAGCGUUGUUGUACUGCAUCACUGUUAUCACAACCAUCGGUUAUGGCAACAUUGCACCGAAGACAGAUGUUGGAAAAGUCGUGACAAUAUUUUACGCUUUGCUUGGCAUUCCUCUGAUGUUGAUGUGUUUAACAAACAUUGGCAAUCUUUUGGCGAGAUCCUUCAAGUUCACCUACUCUAACUUAUGCUUCUUAUUUAGAAAACCUCGCCGCACUCAUCAUGCCUCAUCAACUCAAAAACAAGUGGAACAAAUGAAAGGACCAGUGCCAAAGGUUGUGGAGAUAGCCACUCUGGAACUUUGCAACGGAGAAGAAAAAACACCUGUGGGAGACAACAUCUCGCACAUGUCAUCCUCUCCUGCGAAAUCAUCCAUGUCAAACAACACAGUGGUCGUCGCUGAACCUUCUCCAGUCGUCGUCGAACGAGUUUACCAUGAUUCCAUAGGUGCAUCUGAGCAGAGAGUCCCCAUGCUGCCAGUCUUACUUUUGGUUACUGGCUACAUAUGUGGUGGUGCCGUGCUAUUCUCUCUUUGGGAGAAGUGGACAUUUUUAAAUGGGGCUUACUUCUGCUUCAUAACCUUAAGUACCAUCGGAUUCGGCGAUUUGGUUCCAGGGUCAGACAUUUUCGACGCCGAGAGUGGCCAAGCCAAACUUAUAAUUUGCUGUCUUUACCUCAUUAUGGGGCUGGCCAUCAUAGCCAUGUCUUUCAACCUAGUGCAAGAAGAAGUAGUCAUUAAGUGCAAAACUGUGGCUAGAAAUUUAGGAUUAUUGAAAUCGGAAUAUGAUGAUGACGAUGAUUGAUUUAUAAGCGAUAGAUUCCAGUCAGAGUGGUUAAAUCGGAGACAAAAGUAUCGCUCUUUGGGUUAUAGGUAUCGAUAGUAUUACGAUAUUUGUGUUCAUUCGUGCUAUUUCAGUAUUCCGUAUUUAUCUGAUUAUGAUCAUAUUGGAAUUUUCGCUAGUGAUGUUUCAAUAAAGAUUUUUAUUAUAAGAAUA